AUGAAUGCCAAUUACGAAGAAGAAGUUAACGAUGAGAACGUCUUCACCCCUUUCGACUUUGCUUCUCAGGCGUGGAAUGUAGACGACGGGAGUAUUUAUGUUGCUGACUCCUCCACGAUCCGAGUGAAGAACGGGGCAGAGGAAAGAACGGUGCCUCUGAAAUCGUUGGAAGCGGACGUGCGCAGCUGUAAGCGAGGAGGCAACUCGGACGAGUCUUGUGACAACACGAUCACCAAUGUCCAGGUGUGUCCGGACAAGGAAGCGCAGAUCGUUGCGUGUGGGACGAACGCUCUUCAGCCGGAAGUCUUCUUCCUAGAGAAUGCAACGGAGACAAAGAGGCACACGCAGCAACUUUGCCCAAAGUCGGCGAAAAUCGACGCCCUAGUUAAGGUAACGUCCUGUGGCGAUGAACCGGCAAAAAUCCAGGGUGUGGCGGUGCACACCGAGCGCGACUCCACCAAAAUAAUAACAAGCAGCCAUAUAUUUGACUUGAAGCUCUCUUCUCCAAAAUUUGUACAUAUUUCGUCUAGCGAUGCAACUGGUGCCAAUUAUCUUUACUUUUUUACCGAGACGAGCUCCGCUGGUGACUUGGCCUCUUUUGUUGGUUUUACAUGUAAUGGUGGUGGUGCGUCGAAUCUUAUCAAAAUCCCGCUAAAAUGCAGUAGAGAAGAUUUUGUCUUUGCGAAGAUGAAGCAGGUGGUCGAGACCGAUAGCAUGUUUCAUGUCCUCUUCGAGACGCCUUUCAAUCUUUACAAGAAGACAACUAUCUGCUCCUACAGUUUUCAAAACGACUUUCUUCCAGUUAUAAAAAACGCGCGCUGCGACUCUUCCCAUAACUCUGAUGCCAAAAUUGCCCAAACGCCUAUUCUCGAGGAUCGUGGAAGCGAAAGCGAAUCUGGUCCAUACACGUCUAUUUCAACCAUCUGGGAUAAUGUUCUACUUUUGGGCACGCAAAAGGGCGAAAUCAUUACUGCUACGCGCGAUUCUAGCGGCGCUUUUAAUAUUUCUUCAUCAAGGAAGCUGACACAUGACAAGUGCGCUGGGGCUGUUCUCGAUCUAAAAUCCACCAUUGUAGAUGAUGUGGCCACGGUGUUCGCGGCCUUUGAGACUUGUAUUGCAUCUGUCCCGAUAAGUGACUGUUCUUCUCUUUCGACGAGCUGCUGCAAGAGGACACCUUUUUGCGAAAUUAUCGAUGAUGAUUGCACUCAAACUCUGACUGACUCUCCCAUUUCUUUAUCUGACGGAAGCUGUCUCGCAAAAGAACCAAACUCAACAGUGAUUGAGACUGAGCCAAUCAUUCCCAAGACAACAAUGGGGCCUGUGAUUUUUAAACCAAUCUCAGGCAUCAUUACAGAAGCACAAAUCCGAGCUCAAGAUGGGUGCAUUUGUCCCCAAAAUGCGACUGUUCCCGUGGCAAUCGUUGGCCUGAUCGUAGCCUUUGUCGCUUUCGUUGGUGGAUACUUCUGGGGGAAGUGUUCCUUCAAACCACAAGAUGAGCUUCACGAAUAUAUGGACGAUUCUGAGUGGGGAAUUACAAACACACUUUCGGCUUCCUCAAGUUCAACAGCUAAAACACGCACGCGUAUAAAAACAUCACCUUCGAAGCAAUCAGCAACACUUCGAUCGAAUAGAAGCGACGAGGGCGCGGAGACGGUUUCCGGCGCUCGGACGAUUCCAGUGAUGGGGGUCAGCUCUAUCGGUUCCAACCGCGACCCAACGCUAAGCCCACGACGAUCAGCUGACGGCAGUAUCACCCACGAGUCCAGAGCGUAA